GGCUGCGGGCUUUGCGGAUGAUGGAAGGAUAGAUAGGGCUCCUGGCUGGGGGUUUGCAGAUGAUGGAAGAAGGGGCUCCAGUUGCUAGGGCUGGAUCAGGGGUUUAAGCCCAGACCAAAGGGGUCCUUCUCGUUGCCAUUGCGGAGGCCGCCCCAGCAGAGACUGCGACAGUCUGCGCACCUCUUUCCUAUCGCGUCUACUCCCCCCCUUCCCCCCCGCCCCCACGUCUGGGAGAUGGCGCUGACGAUGCUGCGGGACUGGUGCCGCUGGAUGGGCGUGAACUCGAAGCGCGCUGUGCUCAUCCUGGGCAUCCCUGACGACUGCGAGGAGGAGGACUUCCAGGAGGCCCUGCAGGAUGCCCUGUGGCCCCUGGGCAGGUACCGAGUGCUGGGCAAUGUCUUCAGAAGGGAGCUUGGGUGCAGGGUCGCCUUGGUUGAGUUUGCUGACAAUUUAAACCGAAAUCUGAUUCCCCGACACAUACCAGGCAAGCAAGAGGACUGGACUGUGAUCUUCCUGCCUCAGGUCUUUGACUCUGAGUCACAGGAUGCACCCAAUUUCCCUGCACAGCCCCAAAGGCAAGCGGUGGCUGGCCCGGCUGAUGAGGCAGGAGCCGCACAGCCGGUUGGAGCUGCAGGUGAAGCAGGAGCCCCCGGUGAGGAGGGAGCUGCAGGUGUGGCAGGAGCUGCAGCUGAGGAAGGAGCUGAAGAUGUGGUGGGAGUUCCCGGUGAGGCAGGAGCUGCAGAUGAGGCAGGGGCCUCAGGUGAGAAGGGCGUUGCAGGUGAGGCAGGAGCUGCAGCAGUGUCAGGAGCUGCAGGCGUGGCCUCAGUUGAAGAUGUGGUAGAAGCUCCAGGUGAGGCAGGAGCUGCAGGCGAGGCAGGAGCUGCAGAUGUGGCAGGAAUUGCAGGUGAGGCAGAAGCUGAAGAUAUGUUAGAAGCUCCAGGUGAAGAAUUAGCUGCAGGUGAGGCAGGAGCUGCAGCCGAGGCAGGAGCUGCAGCCGAGGCAGGAGAUGCAGCCGAGGCAGGAGAUGCAGCUGAGGCAGGAGCUGCAGCCGAGGCAGGAGAUGCAGCUGAGGAGGAAGCCUGGAUCCAGCAAUGGAAUCAGGCCCUGAAGCCUGUGCUGGAAAAUAUAGCCUACCAGGAACUGAGAGACUUUUCUGGCAAUGAACAGCCAGGUCACAAGAAUGAGUCCUUUGCGAGCUGGCUGGACCACGCCAACGACAUGCUGUACCUGUGGCGCCACAUAUCAGAAAGGGAACGGCGGAGGAGGCUGGUGGAGAGCCUGCACGGGCCAGCACAGAAUUUCAUGUAUGGCCUCCUGAAUGAAAACCCUGCCAUCUCUGCUCAGGAAUGCCUGACAGCGCUGGCUCAUGUGUUUAAGAACAAGGACAGCCAGGCGGUCAUGAGGCUGAAGUUUGUGACUUGUGCCCAGCAGCCCCAGGAGACUCUCUUUGCUUAUGUGAUUCGCCUGGAAGACCUGCUGCACGCGGCCAUGGAGAAGGAGGCCAUCCACCCAGGCGUGGCAGACGAGGUACGGAUCGAGCAGGUGCUGAUGCGGGCCCGCCCCAAUGAGAAGCUCCGGAACAAGCUGAAGAGGAUGCACCUGGAGGAGAAACCACCUGGCUUCCUGGAGAUGCUUCGGCUCAUUCGGGAGUCAGAGGCAUGUGAGGCCACUCCGACCAUGAGACAGCAGUUUCAGGGGGAAGAAAGGGUCUGGGUGGACAUUAGAGGACUGGCUGCUGCCCAGGCCACCCUAGCUCAUGAAGGUGCUGCCCAGGCUGCCUCAGCCCAUGAGGUUGUUGGCCAGGUCGCACCAACCCAUGAAGAUGAAGCCCAGACCGCCACAACCCAUGAAGAUGCAGCCCAGACCGCCAUAACCCACGAAGAUGCUGUCCAGGCCUCCCCAGCCCAUGAAGAUGUUGGCCAGGCCGCCCCAGCCAAUGAAGAUGCAGCUCAGGAUGCCCAAGCCAAUGAAGAUGUUGGCCAGGCCGUCCCAGCCAAUGAAGAUGCAGCCCAGGCUGCCCUUUCCAAGGAAGAUAGUACCGAGGCCACUCUGGCCAAGGAACUGGCCAUUGAGGGGGGUCCUGCCACUGCUGAUCCUGAUGAGGCUGCUCCUGAAACCGGUGAUGCCACCGGGGCAGACCCUGCCCCUGACACCACCAAGGCCUCCCCUGCCAUUCAGGGAGAUGAGAAUGCUCUGGCUCCUGCAGGUCUAGGUCAGGCAGGGCCCUCGCCUGCACACUUGGGCAUUGCUUUCGGGGUGGGCUCAGGAGGUCCUGGCGGUGACCCAGAGGGCCUGGCCCAGGAAGAAGGUGAGGAGGCUGAGGAGCCCCACGAGAAGGAGCUCAUUCUCUUCCAGGAGGAGUCAGGAAGUGAGGACGGGUCUGGGAAGAUGAGUUCCCCCGAGCCCUCCUUCAAGUAAGCUUGGAAGGCUCAGUGGCCUCCUGUUCUCUGGGGCACCAGAGCCCUGGAGGCAGGGGAAGGCCACCUCACCCCACAUGGGGAGCAGGGCCCAGGGAAGGGUCUGCCCUGCCCCUUGGUCCCCCACUACUCCCAAGGGGCCCUGACCACCACCAUCAGCCCUUCCAAGUCAUCAAGAUGACCAUACUUGCCACCAAAUGGGAUGAGGAGAGGUGCCCACACAUGGUAGCACCACACCUGGCCUCAGCCCCAGCCCCUGCCAACUUGGGCAGCUGGCCUGGGAGCACUGCCAAGGCCUCCCCGCCAUUCAGGGAGAUGAGAAUGCUCUGGCUCCUGCAGGUCUAGAUCAGGCAGUGCCUAGGCUGAGCAGCCCAUCUCAGCCUAGGAGAGGGGCACCUGAAGACAUCUGCCACCCGCGUGGAACUGGGAGACUUUAGGGCCCAUCACAGGGGUGCCAGUCUCUGGACUCCCAUCCUCCAUCUCCUGGGGAGCCCCAAACUCAUUUUUCAUAACUCCAUAAUGACCCAUGUGUCAAGUAAUCACCGCCCCCCCCCCAGGCCAUGGAGCCUGUGCAGAACCACCUGGUGUGUGUGAACCCAGGUGGGUGUCCUGCCCGCCCCCCCCCCCGGGGCCGCCCCCCC